AUGCAGGUCUUCGGGCACCUGCGGGCUGUCAGCCCCCCAGGCAUCGGCAUACCCGGACCAGCACGGCCUAUCCUACAGGUAAUCGAGGAGGCCUACUCCAUAUUUGAUCACUGGAUGCGAUUGAAUCAUCUGCUCCUCUUCAGCUUCAUCCCAUCCAGCGCGUUACAACUAAGCUGGCUUAUACACGUGCUCGUUUCCGCAUUCAACACCCAUUUUAUGCUGGCUUCCAGGUUACAUCUUCCGCCUACGGCUAGAGGUAUCUUCGUGUCUGGUGGUUCGUUGACGUCCAUCAUUGUCGCUCGCAACGCAAUCCUCGCACCGAACGAUUAUCCUCGGGCGUUGAUAUAUAUAGGGGAUCAGAUUCGGAAGGUGCCGUCAGAUGACUCAUGUCGCAUGAGAGUAAGGGCCCUUCGGAAACAAAUACAAGACGGCAAGGCGAAGGGACUAUUUCCAUUUCUGAUCGUCGGGACCUUCGGGUGCACCGGGAGUGGAGCGAUUGACCCGCGCAAGGAACUGUCCGAUAUCACCAAGGAGGAGAACCUCUGGUUAUAUGUCGAUGGGGCAUAUGGAGCGUCAGCUGCACUAUCUCACUCCCGACACCAGACUGCCUCAGAGCUGGGCUAUGCCGACAGUGUUGCGUGGGAUGAACAUGAAUGGCUGUUGCAGACCUACGGAUGCGGCAUGCUAUUCGACCGCGGUAAACCCAACUUGACGAGGGAUAAGGCCGAAUUCUGGGGCCUUGGGCUGGAGCUGACUCGGCCUGCGCGAACAAUGAGCUUAUGGUUUACUCUCCGAGUUUUGGGUACGGAGCGAACUAGAAAGAUGACUGACCAUAGGAUAAACCUUGUGGAACCAUUGCAAAGACAACUGGAGGUAUUACCCGACUGGGAGAUAUUGACGCUUGCAAGUUUGGCAAUCUUGAACUUUCGCUACGAGCCCGUCGGUCGGAGCGACGAGAAGGUGGAUCUGGUCAACUUGGAACUUUCUCGGAGGUUUAUUGAAAGGAACAUAGCAGCAAUUAUGACUGUAGAAAUCCGCAGAGUUGCAUUACGUGUUCGUUGCAGAAACACUCGGUUGCGGGUUGAAGACAUGGUAAAUCUCAUCCGUACUUUGACUUAGAGAUCUGUGUGCAUUGAUGCUGAUAUUGAUGUGGAGUAGAUCCGGAUAUCAUUUUAUUAGGAUGUAGAAACAAAGCUAUCCAUGUCUUGUGCGUGGAAUGCAACUACCAUGACUAUGAUACCGUUCAUGCACCAUUCGAGCGUACUAGUCAUACUCUAUAGAAUAUGCAGAUAGUACC